UUAAAUCGCCCUGUGUAAACGGGAGCAGGAGCGGGCAGAGAGAGAGCAGAGCUGCUCCGGAUUCAGUCUGUCCCCGCACCCAAUGUAGACCUGUCUUUUUUUUUUUUUUUUGGUUGUGUGUGUGCAAAGUCAGGCCAAGCUUUGGUGUCAUCUGUUGCAUUGCAUCGAUUAGAAUCGAUUGGCUUGGAAAAAUCGCCCGGGUUGGAGAGCGAUUAAAGAUGGGAAACCGUGGGAUGGAGGAGCUGAUUCCUCUGAUCAAUCGGAUGCAAGAUGCUUUCGCUCAGAUCGGACAGAAUGCCAACCUGGACCUGCCCCAGAUUGGGGUGGUCGGUGGGCAAAGCGCCGGCAAAAGCUCAGUCCUGGAAAAUUUCGUCGGGAAGGACUUCCUUCCUCGUGGAUCUGGCAUCGUCACCAGGAGACCCCUCGUUCUUCAGCUGAUCAACUCCCCGACAGAGUAUGCAGAGUUCUUGCACCUCAAAGGGAAGAAGUUUGUCGACUUCGAUGAGGUGCGGCAAGAGAUCGAGCAGGAGACAGACCGGGUGACGGGCAGCAACAGGGGGAUCUCGUCCAUCCCCAUCAACCUGAGGGUCUACUCGCCAAACGUGCUGAACCUGACCUUGAUCGACCUCCCUGGGAUGACCAAGAUCGCGGUGGGCGACCAGCCCGUGGACAUAGAGUUCCAGAUCCGUGAAAUGCUCAUGCAGUUCGUUACCAAGGAAAACUGCCUGGUCCUGGCAGUGUCGCCUGCCAACACAGAUCUGGCCAACUCCGAUGCCCUGAAGAUAGCCAAGGAGGUGGACCCACAAGGCUUGCGUACAAUCGGAGUCAUCACCAAGUUGGACCUGAUGGAUGAAGGGACAGAUGCUCGAGAAAUUCUGGAGAACAAACUCUUACCCUUGAGACGAGGUUACAUCGGGGUGGUGAAUAGAAGCCAGAAGGACAUCGAUGGCAGAAAAGACAUCCAAGCCGCGCUGGCCGCUGAGAGAAAGUUCUUCCUUUCACACCCAGCUUAUCGGCACAUGGCUGACCGCAUGGGGACCCCUUAUCUCCAGAAGGUCCUCAAUCAGCAAUUGACAAACCACAUCCGGGACACGCUGCCUGCCCUUCGCAACAAGCUGCAGAGCCAGCUGCUGUCCAUUGAGAAGGAGGUGGACGAGUACAAGAACUUCCGGCCUGAUGAUCCUUCCAGGAAAACCAAAGCUUUGCUGCAGAUGGUCCAGCAAUUUGCUGUGGAUUUUGAGAAACGCAUUGAAGGAUCGGGGGAUCAGAUUGACACCUACGAGCUGUCGGGCGGAGCGAGAAUAAACCGAAUCUUCCACGAGAGGUUCCCCUUUGAGCUUGUCAAGAUGGAAUUUGACGAGAAGGAGCUGCGACGAGAGAUUAGUUACGCCAUCAAGAACAUCCACGGAAUCAGAACUGGGCUUUUCACGCCUGACAUGGCAUUUGAAACGAUUGUGAAAAAGCAGAUCUUGAAGAUCAAAGAGCCCUGCCUCAAAUGUGUGGACAUGGUUAUCAAUGAGUUAAUCAGUACGGUUAGGCAGUGUACCAAGAAGUUGGGCCAGUAUCCACACUUGCGGGAAGAAAUGGACCGGAUUGUGACCACUCACAUCCGAGAUCGAGAAGGCAGAACUAAAGACCAGGUCAUGCUGCUGAUCGACAUCGAGCUGUCCUACAUGAACACAAACCACGAGGAUUUCAUUGGAUUCGCCAACGCACAGCCGAGGAGCUGUCAGCUGAGCAAGAAGAAGGCGGCAAGCAAUCAGGAUGAAAUUAUGGUGAUCAGGAAGGGGUGGCUCACCAUCAACAACAUCGGCAUCAUGAAGGGAGGGGCCAAGGAGUACUGGUUCGUGCUGACUGCUGAAAACAUGUCCUGGUACAAGGACGAUGAGGAAAAAGAGAAGAAAUACAUGCUGCCCCUGGAUAACCUGAAGCUGCGUGACAUUGAGAAGGGAUUUAUGUCCAGCAAGCAUAUAUUUGCUCUCUUCAACACAGAACAGAGGAAUGUUUACAAGGAUUACCGGCAGCUGGAAUUGGCGUGUGAAACCCAGGAGGAAGUGGACAGCUGGAAGGCUUCAUUUCUUCGAGCUGGUGUCUAUCCAGAAAGAGUUGGGGAUAAGGAAAAUCAAAGCGAAAGCGAGGAGAACGGCUCUGGUGACAACUUCAUGCACUCGAUGGACCCGCAGCUGGAGAGACAAGUCGAGACCAUUCGUAACCUGGUCGACUCGUACAUGGGCAUAGUCAACAAGACCAUCCGGGACCUCAUGCCCAAGACAAUCAUGCAUCUCAUGAUCAUUAACACAAAGGACUUCAUUCACUCUGAGCUCCUUGCCCAGCUCUACUCCUGUGGGGAUCAGAACGUCCUGAUGGAGGAGUCUCCCGAGCAGGCCCAGCGACGUGAGGAGAUGCUGCGAAUGUAUCAUGCCCUGAAGGAAGCCUUAAACAUCAUUGGGGACAUCAAUACCACCACCAGCAGCACUCCUCUCCCACCACCGGUCGAUGACUCCUGGCUGGGAGUCAGGGAUAUAGCCUCCGGGCGAAGGUCUCCGACCUCGAGCCCCACGCCACAGAGACGAGCGCCUGCCGUCCCCCCGGUCAGGCCACUGUCCCGAGGUCCUGCUCCAGGACCACCGCCACCUGCUGGACCACCCCCUCAAGGACCGCCCGGUAGUGCCCCGCCAAUCCCGUCUCGGCCCGGGGCCUCUCCUGAUCCAUUCGGGGCUCCACCUCAGGUUCCGUCCAGGCCUAACCGAGCUCCACCUGGUGUCCCCAGAAUAACAAUAAGUGACCCUUGAGGACAUUAACCCCUGACUGGCAAUCUAAGUGGCAGCCCCUGAGACCAAGGAACCUCUUGCCCCUCCUUGAAACUCUAGUCUGUUUUAGCUUGCUGUGCGUCAAGUCUCCUCCGCAUUCUAUCUAUUCCGAAAUGAAACUAUAUAAAUAUAUAUAUCACGUGUGCUGGAGUCUGCAUAUCUUUGAUGUUGCACAAAUCUGGGGAAUAGAGUUCCUGCUGUAUAAUUCUUUUACUAUCUCUUGCUCUCUGUAAGAGCCGUUUUGUUAAGCCUGUUCUCAUUGUGUUCAUACGUGUUUCAGGGAGAUAUAAAAUAAAUCUGUCAUGCUUUUGUGUAGAAUUUUAGUUUAAAUGAAACCGUGAUGGUGUAUAUUAAUACAGUAAAUAUCUGGUAUACAAGCAUAUGAUUUGAAAUGUGUGUAUAUGAUAUUUAUGGUGAAACAAAUUAAAUCUGAUGCUAAAGUUGUAUUUAUGCUUUGAAAGUGACCUGUGGCAUAUACAAAAAUGACAUAUCUGUGUAAUCAAAGUCUCCUUUAUUUAAAUAAACUGUGUGUCUUUGUGGAGGC